AUGGCGAAGCGCGCCGAGGGCAAGCCGCCGCCCAUGAGGGGUCCGCAGGGCUCCUCGGCUGGCGCAGAGAAGACGAUGACAGCUCGCGAGGAUGUGGGCCUGGAGAGGAACGAGUGGGACGUGGACAUCUGCGCCGGCUGCGUUGGCUGGGUCAGGACCCACGCGCCAACCAUGUCGGUCAGCGAGUUGGCGGGUGAGCUCGCGAACGCCAAGGAUCUGGGCAAGGACAACGCGGACAUCAAUGACAAGAAAGACAACUUCGCUGGCAGGGGUCUCACGGUGGCGGACGACAUGAGCGUCCAAGUGGAGGUGUACGACGACUACGAGCUGCUUCGGUACCAGGACUUUGUCGAUCUCUGCGGCAAGACGCCGAAGCAGGCUGGCGCCGUGCCCGUCAACGUCCCGACCGCGGACAACAUCUCGCAGAUCGCGACCUUCUACCCGAGCCCCUUGAACGCCAAGAAGCGCAUGAAGGUGGUCAGCAAGUUCGGCGUCAAAGUCUCUGAGAUGAAAAAGAAACACAGUAUGCAUUGCUUCACCAAGCAGCCUGGCCUCCUCAUGAAGUGCGCCGCGAAGAGUUUCCUCAAGAAGCACGUGGCCGCCGAGCACGCCGCCGCGGGCGCUGGGCUAGCCAGGUCGGGUUUGUUCGUGGUUGCUGAGGCGAGCAUCGCCGAGAAGGGUGCUUCCAAGGACGAUGGCGAGUCAUUCAUGCAGGAGUCGGACGGCGACGUCGAUCAACCCGAUGGCGACGAUGACCCCGAGCGCGCAGGCGGGGCGCAUUCAAUGGCCGCGCCUGUGAAGGGCGUCACUCCCGUGACGGGCGCUCGCUCGUCCCCUAGCGCCGUCGUUUCUGAAGGAUGCCAGGUCCAGGCCGAGGGCCCGACGCCGUGGAACAAGUAUUUCGUGGGCGAGUGUCCUGCAAAGGGUGCUGCCGAAUUUUGGAUCUGGAAGACCCCAUUGAAAGGGGUCCUCGCUGGUCUCAGGGAGAAGCACCCUGUCAGCCAGAUGAACACCCUCUUGUCGAAGCUCGACGCGCAUUCGGCGAGGAAGCUGCGCCUCCACAAGGCUGCCAUACAGCAGUGCCAGGAGAUCGUGGACGGCUCGGCCCAGUCAAUGCCUUACAACGAGUUCGCAGACAAAGUGAGGACCUUGGUGCCCUCGGUCGGGGAGUGGCCGCAAGAACAUCACCGCGUGUUACUGGAGUGCACCCUGAGCCACCACGUGGCGGAGUUCGCGAGGACGGGCAAGGGGGCCCACGCCGAGAACGCCUUGGAAGUCGUAAAAUUGUUCACGGUCGGCGAGGGGAAGGAGGAGAGUUUCAACCCCCUGAAGCCCAUGCUGGUCCAGAGCUCCUUGUCGGAUUCCGAGCGGGCGGACUUCUUCGUGAAUGAGGUGUUCGGCAGGAAGGUCGCCGAGUGGAUCGAGGAUGAGGUAAACGGGGACUCCCUUAUCUCGACGUUUGCUCAGGUGGCCAUCAAGGCGAUGAAGAUCCCAGAGGACGGCAACGUCGGCGAGAAGGUGUACGACGACGCGGGCGCGAUCUUGGAGGCGUCCGCGAAGACUGACGCGGCCUCGUCGGUGUGGCAGACCGUCGGGCUUGCGUGCGUCACCAGCCCGAGGUGGAAUACUGGGCUCACGGAACUUGCUGGACAGAAGGACGCAAUGAAAGAGGUUGGGCCGAUAAUUCAAGUAAUUAUCGACAGCCUCUCCAGUAUCGUGGAGCCCACGGCUGCUAGCGCCAAGAAGAUCGGUGACAUCGUCGAGGACAUCCCGCAUUUCCAUGCCAAAGGCGUGAAAGACCCCGCCGAGAAGUUGGAGUUCAAAGUCAACGAGAGGGCGUGCGAGCUCAUUUCCGCGGCCGCCAAGGCCGCUGCUGGCCUCGGCGAUUCAGGCAACAGCUCCGACCCGAGCAGCCUCGGCAUUGAGGACUUGAACGCUUUCGUCACUCCCGCGAGGAAGAUCACCCAGAACUGCGCGGAAGCGGAGGCUUUCAUUAUCGCGAACAACGCCCUGAAGCUGACCAAGGAGAGCCUCGAGACAUCGCUCCGUCCGAAGAGCUUGAACGAGGCUCUGCAACAGUUCAACUUCGAAGAUGCCCAGUCAGUGGCAAACGUGCUGGGUGCGUUCGGCGGCGUCGUCGCAGCGGCGCUCCAGGAUGAGGUUCGCGUGAGGGUCAAGGAGAUUGUCGAUCCGGUGAUCGACUCACCUCGCGCCGCUGAUGCCACGAACACGGUCAACCUCACUCAGGUGGUUUCGUUCGUCUCCGCGAUGGUGCCAUUUGUCCCAGUCGAGCACGGGAUGACCUACCAGAACAUCAACUCCGCGCUGAAGCUGUGCAAGGGCGUCAGUGCAGGUCUCGCUGCGUUGGAGGGCGUCGAGACGACCGUGACCUGGUACGCUGACAAGGAUGUGCAGAGGCUCCUGAACGAACUCCAGCGGGAGCACCUGCGCCUGAAGAGUGGCACGACCAAGCUCGACAAAGCCCCGAAUGUCCUUGAGGCGUGCGAGCUCAUGUCGCAGAAGGCCGCCGAGAAGAGUGCCAUGGUCGCGAGCGACAUCAAGGCCACGACCGCAGACCAGAUCCAGAGCAUCAUGAAGAAGGUCGCCUUCGCCAUGGAGAAUGACUCCUUCAUCAAGAUGACGAGCGUGAUGAUGGAUGUCGAGUCCGUGGCCGACGUCAAGAAGCAGACGCCCAGGGAGUUCUUCGAGGUCGACGCCGGCUCAAUCGUGACGGCCGCCGUCGCGAUGAUGAAGCGCGUGGGCGAGUACGGAUCGUUUCUUCGGAGCUCCAAGCUCGGCGCCAGAGAGUUCGCAGGCGAUGUGAAGAUCCUGUGUGACAGGGUGUUCACCAUGAUUGGCGUUCAGAAGAAUCUGAGACCGCUCAUGGGCGCGUCUGUGGCCAAGGAUGAGGUCAAGCUGAUGUUUGAGAUGAAGUCGGUGCAGUCGUUCCUUCGUGAGCACGAAGUGAAGGUUAAAGAGAUGCGCGCGGGCCUGGCUGCUGCGUACGUGCAGGCGCUGACGGCCUCGUGA